CGAUCUCGCGGUCACACUGGUCGCGACGGAAAUUUAUGAAAUUAAUUUAAUCUAGUUAAGUUAAUUUUUCAACGUGAGCGCGCGUCUCAUAAGUCGGUCAAACUAACAACAACAAAAAAAAAAAAAACGUAUAAAACCGCUGAGAAUACAGUAGCCAACGACACUUGCUUUUGUCAACACUUUAUUAGCCAACUUCCUAUUUUUUUUAUAUUGAUUAAAUUCAUUGUGAGUAGACACACACUCGCACACAUACGCACAGGCACGCGGAUAGAGAGGGAAACAACAACAAAUUGUGGCUGGCGCGCAAAUACACACACACAUAAUCAUAACAAUUGAUAAAUUGCUAAGACGCUAAAUGAGUCAAUCGUGAAAUAAAUCGGUUAUAGAAGGUUUUUAAACAGUUUAAAAUCGGGCUUACAUACACCGUUUCAAAUCCGCAAUGUCGUGCUGCACUGGUGUGGAAAUGUCCUCCGAUAAGGGAAUUACGAUGCGAAACGGCAGGACCAGGGCGCCCCAGGAACAGUCACAGGGUCAGUUGGCUUCUCCAUUAUUGCCACAAGUGCCGCAACAGGAGCAACAGGAUCCAAACCCGCAACAACAGGCCACACCACAAAAACAGGCCAUGUCACCCGACGAGAAGAAGGCCACGAAAAAGUCCCUGGUCAUUGUUGCAGGCAUAUUUGUGGCCAGUUUAGCCACCAUGUGCUACGUAUACGCCAUAUUCCCCGAGCUCAAUGCGUCGGAGAAACAACACUUGAAAAUUCCUCGUGAUAUCCAAGAUGCUAAAAUGCUGGCCAAGGUCCUAGAUCGCUACAAGGAUAUGUACUACUUUGAAGUGAUGUUUGGCGUGGUGGUCGCCUACGUAUUCCUGCAAACAUUCGCCAUUCCCGGAUCGCUGUUUCUGUCGAUUCUACUCGGAUUCCUGUACAAGUUCCCGAUCGCCCUGUUCCUCAUCUGUUUCUGCUCGGCGCUGGGCGCCACUCUAUGCUAUACACUUUCCAAUCUGGUCGGACGCCGCCUGAUCCGUCACUUCUGGCCAAAGAAGACCAGCGAAUGGUCGAAGCACGUGGAGGAAUACCGGGACAGUCUGUUCAACUAUAUGCUAUUCCUGCGCAUGACACCGAUCCUGCCCAAUUGGUUCAUCAACUUGGCAUCGCCGGUGAUCGGUGUACCGCUGCACAUCUUCGCCUUGGGCACCUUCUGCGGCGUGGCACCGCCCUCGGUGAUUGCCAUCCAGGCGGGCAAGACGCUACAGAAGAUGACCAGCUCGAGUGAGGCAUUCUCCUGGACCUCGAUGGGUGUCCUGAUGGUAUGCGCCUGUGCAUCGCUGUUGCCCGGUCUGCUCAAGAACAAGUUUAAGCACAAGAAAGAGGCGUAAGCUGGCCGGGUGAUCAGAUGCGAGAUAUGAUAUAUGAAUAUUAUAUAUGCUAUUCCCCCAAACUGAAACCAAAACAACCCGAAAAAUCAUUAAUUGUAAUUUAUACACUAUGACAGAAACAGAAACAAAAACAAAAAAAAAACAUAACACACAUACACACACGCAAAAACACACAAACCGCGAUAAUUUUUUUUUUGUAUUUGAACGCGGCAAAGGUAGGUAGGAAGGGAAAGGAAGAAAAGCCCGCCACAGGAAAGAAAAUUUCAGAAUGCCACUUAGGGUCUCGAUCCACUGUAUGUUUAAGUAAACUACAAACUAUCUGUGUUUAACCUAUUAUUACAUUAAUUAAUUUUUUUCUAAACGUAUUUUUAUUGAACAGAACUUUUGCAUCAUAUAUUUCCAUAAAUUGUUUUUAAGUUAGUGAAUUUUUGUUUAGUGCUAUUGCAGUAUUUACUAGAAAAGUUCUCCUAUAAGUAAAUCAAAUUAGCAGAAAUCCAUUGAAUAUUACGCAACGUAUGUAAGUUAAAAGAUGAUAAAGUAUGUACGAAUAUGUGUCUGCAAGUAAAUGUUCCACAAAGGCAAAUUUCAAAA